AUGGAAGGCAUCACCGGAAGCCCGAUUAUUCAGCCGCUAGAGCCCGAAAUGCGACACGCUCUUCUCAAGGUUUGUGCCGCUGAUUUUUGAGACAAAUGUUCUCCAACUCUGUCAUAAAUUUAAGCGCAUUGUUCGAAAAUGCUGUAAAUUUGCGAGAAUAGUCGGGAAGGUUUUCUAAGGUUGCUCACGAAAGUGUUGCCCAAAUUUUUCCCGAUUUUAUUGCCAAAAGCACAUUUUCAGGCGGUGCAAUUUCUGGAGCGCAAGUACGACGUGGUGGCGCAAAGAAUCGAGCUGCCGUCGGCGAAGCACGUGAUGGAGUAUUUUACGCUUUCGAUGCACGAAGACACGACGGACCCGGCGUUCAACAAACUGAUGUUGUGCACGAGCGGCACGAAGGGCGAGGUGAACUGCUACACGGAGAUCUUCAAAUUUUUCGCGGGCGCCUCCAAACACACGCUCUCGGGCAUCGUCGCCGGAAUCAUCGACUCGAAGGACCCGCCGUUUUCGGAGAGCCACACGAAGGACAUGCUCUACAAGCGCGACCGUCUGAAGCGUCAAGUCAAGGAGUUGCUCGGCACCGACGGGAUUCUGCUGUUCCCGAGUUGGCCGUGCACCGCCAUGUUCCACAACGAGCCCAUCCUCGCCCCGUUCAAUUUCUGCUACACGGCCCUCUGGAAUGUGCUCUCGGUGCCGGUGGUUCAGUGUCCGUUGGGUCUCGACUCGUCGGGACUGCCUCUGGGCGUGCAGGUCAUCGGAAAUCAGUACACCGAUCGGAAUCUGAUCUCAGUCGCGCAGGUUCUCGAGGAAGGGUUCAACGGAUGGACCCCGGCGGGACCGCUGUAA